UGUAAAUGGCUAUUCCUCAGCACAGCUUGGUGCCAGUGUCUGCUGCUCAACCCUCCCCCUCCUCCUCUUCCUCCUCUUGUGUCCCUGCCCACUGCUGUGCCCCGGUGCUGUUCGUCCCCGGCGCUGCCUUCUGCUCUGCGCCUGCCCUGUUGUGCUGCGGUCAUGGUGGCCAGCCUGUGGAAGCUGGUGCGGGGCGUCAGGCAACUGGAGCUCCAUCGCCUCAUCCUUGUGCUCAUCGUCUUCUGCCUCCUCUCCAUGGCCUUCCUGGCCUACUACGUCAGCAACAGCCCCAAGAUCAAGGAGGCCCCCCCGCUGCCCUUCAGUGACUGCGGGGGGGUGCCGGUGGCUGUGGGAGGGGGAGGGGGGCAACGGGCGCCCCUCUUCCUGCCUCGCUCGGGUCGACUGCGCCAGGUGAAGGCCAUGGACAACUCUCGUACGGACCCGGUGGUGCUGGUUUUUGUGGAGAGCAUCUACUCUCAGCUGGGCCAGGAGAUCGUGGCCAUCCUGGAGUCCAGCCGCUUCCGCUACCGCACUGAGAUCGCCCCGGGGAAGGGAGACAUGCCCACGCUGACGGAGCGCAACCGUGGCCGCUACGCCCUCGUUAUCUACGAGAACUUGCUGAAGUACGUCAACCUGGAUGCCUGGAACCGUGACCUGCUGGACAAGUACUGCGUGGAGUACAGUGUAGGCAUCAUCGGCUUCUUCAAGGCCAACGAGAACUCGCUGCUCAGCGCCCAGCUCAAGGGCUUCCCUCUCUUCCUGCACUCCCACCUGGGCCUGAGGGACUACCGCAUCAACCCCAACGCCCCACUGCUCUACAUCACCAGACCUAAUGAAGUGGAGCAGGGCCCCCUGCCCGGGGACGACUGGACCGUGUUCCAAUCCAACCACUCCACCUACGAGCCUGUCCUCCUGGCCGGUACCAAGUCCUCUGACACUCUGGCCCACCUGGGGCCGCUCAGGGCUAUGCACGCCACUGUGGUCCAGGACCUGGGGCUCCACGACGGCAUCCAGAGAGUCCUGUUUGGAAACAACCUGUCCUACUGGCUGCACAAGCUGGUGUUUGUGGACGCCAUCGCCUACCUGACGGGCAAGCGGCUCUGCCUCUCGCUGGAUCGCCACCUGCUGGUGGACGUGGAUGACAUAUUCGUGGGCAAGGAGGGCACCCGCAUGAAGGUGACCGACGUAGAGGUGGGUUCACUCUGUCUUUUUUUCUCUCACACACUCCCUCUCACAGUAGGCAUGUAUGUGAGGCUCAAUUCAUUUGCCUAGGUUCACUGUCAGUGGUAAUUAAUAUUGUGUAAAGAUGUAUUAUUAAUUAUGCAGAAACACAGAAUAUUCCAAAAAGGAACAUUAUGUCAGUCUGUUACCUUAACUAGUAUAUAUGUUUCUGUUAAAGCAUCCUUUGAUGAUUUUAAGGAAGUGCUUCUUUCCUACCCCUUGCACCAUGGGACACAGGGUUGAAGAUAUUGAUUUCCAAUGCGAUUCUCCAUAAGGUGUGACUUGCUUCUAAGGCAAGGCCUAAUAAAGGCUAGCAUUUAUUAGGAUGAAUCGCAACAGGAUCUCUCUCUUCUGCCAUUAGUCUCUUAAGUAUUUUAUCUGGUUGUUAGCAUGCUACUGUGUCUAAUAGGCCUGAUUUACAUGUGUUCACUUCACUUUGAGAAAACCACCACUGGACGACGUUAAGCCUUUUCCAGUCUUAAACAAAACCUUAUUUGAAGUGACAAAAACAGAUGUGUGAGAGUCUCCAGUACAUUACAGCUCUCUUAAUGGGUUUUCUCACCGCUCUAUAUAGCUGUUGAACACAUUUAACCCAUGUCAGCAGUUUGCAAUGCAGAAAAGCGAGCCACGUUGCCUGGAGAGCCACUCUGCCAAAUGCAUCAAACUAAAUUAACACAAUUAAUGGGAAAUAAUAGGAGUAUUAAUUAGGCUUUAGCAUUGAUAACAGGAAUGCAGUUUAGAGAGUGAUGGGGGAUGGUACAAGGGGGCAAACUUGUCGCUUCAGCAAAAAGGGACCUGCUCACUCAGUGUGUCUCCUUCCCCACGAGUGGGAGGGGGGUGGCAGGGGGAGGUGCAGGCCAACCACGAGUUAAUGAGCCUGUCAUCAACUCAACCUGACAAGGUUGGUACCAGGCAGUUGCAUAAAUAAGGUAGGAAGGAGAAAUGUACUGUUGGCACCGCCGCAGUGUUUAGUUAUCACACCACCGAUUAGACAUUUCUGCUUAAUUGCUCCUGUGGAAAUUGUAUAAGUAAUAGACCAUUUACGUCUUAGGCAGCCGAGUCAGGUACAUGCAUGGUCUUGAGGCCAUCGCUAAACGGCGAAAACAACAUUACAUUACGGGUAUAAAUGGAUUAAUUGUGGAGCGCAGGAUAGAACAGCCAAGGGAGUAUAGUCGGAAGAAUGGCCCAUUGACUUUGCUCACCUCAAUCUCUGAACAGAAGUGGUCCUCUCUGAAAGGAAUUGGCCAACUUGGUCUCUCGAGCAUCAAGUCAAUGGAACCACUUACUACUUUCUAAUAUGUUAAAGAUGCUGAAAUGUAUGUGCUGACUUUCCAAAUAACGUUUCCACCACAGUAUAUUGAUCCGGACAGUUACACUACAUGACCAAAGGUAUGUGGACACCUGCUUGUCGAACAUAUCAUUCCAAAAUGAUUAGCAUUAAUAUGGAGUUGGUACCCCCCCCUUUGCUGCUAUAACAGCCUCCACUCUUCUGGGAAGGCUUUCCACUAGAUGUUGGAACACAAGAUAAUUAGUGAGGUCGGGCACUGAUGUUGGGUGAUUAGGCCUGGCUCGCAGUCGGCAUUCCAAUUAAUCCCAAAGGUGUUCAAAGGGGUUGAGGUCAGGGCUCUGUACAGGCCAGUCAAGUUCUUCCACAAUGAUCUCGACAAACCAUUUCUGUAUGGACCUCGCUUUGGGGCAUUGUCAUGUUGAAACAGGAAAGGGCCUUCCCCAAACUGUUGCCACAAAGUUGGAAGCACAGAAUUGUCUAGAAUGUCAUUGUAUGCUGUAGCGUUAAGAUUUCCCUUCACUGGAACUAAGGGGCCUAGCCCGAACCAUGAAAACAGCCCCAGACCAUUAUUCCUCCUCCACCAAACUUUACAGUUGUCACUAUGCAUUGGGGCAGGUAGCGUUCUCCUGGCAUCCACCAAACUCAGAUUCGUCCGUCGGAUUGCCAGAUGGUGAAGCAUGAUUCAUCACUCCAGAGGGCGAGUUUCCACUGCGCCAGAGUCCAAUGGUGGCAAGCUUUACACCACUCCAGCCGACACUUGGCAUUGCGCAUGGUGAUUUUAGGCUUGUGUGCGGCUGCUCGGCCAUGGAAACCUAUUUCAUGAAGCUCCCAACGAACAGUUCUUGUGCUGACGUUGCUUCCAGAGGCAGUUUGGAACUCGGUAGUGAGUGUUACAACCGAGGACAGACGGUUUUUACGUGCUUCAGCACUCGGCAGUCCCGUUCUGUGAGCUUGUGUGGCCUACCACUUCUCUGCUGAGCCGUUGUUGCUCCUAGACAUUUCCACUUCACAAUAACAGCACUUCAUGGGACAGCUCUAGUAGGGCAGAAAUUUGACGGAAUGACUUGUUGGAAAGGUGGCAUCCUAUGAUGGUGCCACGUUGAAAGUCACUGAGCUCUUCAGUAAGGCCAUUCUACUGCCAAUGUGUGUCUAUGGAGAUUGCAUGGCUGUGUGCUCGAUUUUAUACACAUGCCGAAUCCACUCAAAUUGCCGAAUCCACAUACUCUUGUGUGUAUAUGUGGUCCUCUGUAGCUCAGCUGGUAGAGCACGGCGCUUGUAACGCCAAGGUAGUGGGUUCGAUCCCCGGGACCACCCAUACACAAAAAAAAAAAAUGUAUGCACGCAUGACUGUAAGUCGCUUUGGAUAAAAGCGUCUGCUAAAUGGCAUAUUAUUAUUAUAUUUUAUAUUAUAUAUAUAUAGUGUAUUUUGUGCUGUAUUAAGCUAUUGUCAUUUGUAGUUAAAUCACAUCAAGUGGGUGUAAAAUGCAUGUUAAACAUGUAUGGCUCCUCAGGGACCAUGUUACUCACAUGUAGUUCAUUGCUACCAACCAUUAUUAUUUUUUUAAAUGUAAAGUCAUUUAGCAGACACUCUUAUCCAGAGCGACUUACAGUUAGUGAGUGCAUACAUUUAUUUAUUUUCAUACUGGCCCCCCGUGGGAAUCGAACCCACAACCCUGGCAUUGCAAACGCCAUGCUCUACCAACUGAGCUACAUCCCUGCCGGCCAUUCCCUCCCCUACCCUGGACGACGCUGGGCCAAUUGUGCGCCGCCCCAUGGGUCUCCCGGUCGUGGCCGGCUACGACAGAGCCUGGAUUCGAACCAGGAUCUCUAGUGGCACAGCUAGCACUGUGAUGCAGUGCCUUAGACCACUGCGCCACUCGAGAGUUGAUCCAACCAUGUUGAUCCUAUUAACAUUUGAUGUUUUCCAAAGCAGUUUUCUAGAUGGCAUUUUAAAAACCAGUUACUUUCCCUAAGAUUGGGUUGAUAAUCUCAUUGGUUUUGGUCAGGUUUCUUCCGCCUGCCCCGACAUGGUGUAAAAACGUUGUGGUUGUUGCCAUGCAGACUAUAUUUUAAUUACUGCUGUGUUGCCUUCCUACCACUACCACCUGGCCUCCUGUUCAACAAAGCAGCUUUAAUCACCUCAAGCAGUUGUGAGACGAGGAGCAGGGCACAAACAAGGCAUGGCUAAAGGAGUCCACAUGCUUCCCAGCCGAAAUAGUUCGGAAGAGAUUGUGCAUAUAUUAUGGUGACGUUUUGGACAUUUUCUUGAGGCAAGCUGAAAUCGGUAGCCGACAUCUACGCCCCUUUGUCGGUGAUUGGUCAACAGUAGGGAUUCUUCAGUAAAGUCUUUGUUGUCAUUCAACGAGAGACGACUCGUUUUCAUUCACAUUUUUUUAUUUAGAAAUACUGCACCAAACUAGUUAUAUGUGAAAUUGCGCGACUAAAAUCUCCUCUGCAAAAACGUCCACAUUUAUGACAGAUUUCUUGAGUUAUCUUAGAUUCAUUCUGACUAUUGUGAGGAAGUGUAUACUGGCUACGGCGUCUCAAAAUGGACAAACAGUUCUACUGCCGCUUUUUCUCGUUUUUCAAGAGAAUGUCUUUUAAAGGUGUAUGCGAGCACACUUGUUCAGUUCGCCUAGCCGACUUCGGCUAGCUGCCAGCCGAACUGAAGCAUGCUGACGCCUUAAUGGACCACUAAUCUUGUCUAUUCUCACUCUUGGGGUGCAGCCUCAGCACUGCGCUGACUCCUAAACACUAAAACUAAUUUCCACACACACGCAUACCCCUGUUCACUUUUUCAUGGUGCGUUUGAUAUGGUUGACUCCUUCGACGUAACGUCAGCGAUAUUCUAUUUGCUUUAGAUGGUUGAGUUUACAUAUAGUGCCCUUGGAUUGCUGCCAUAUUCACUCUGGUUGGAUGGGUACUCUCUCACCUUAGCAUCUCAAACAGGCAUUUCUAUAUCUCUGCCAAUAUGGUAAAUGGCAGCUGCUGAUGUUUGUCCUUGGCCAUGUCCCCUUUCAUCCUCCUCCUGUUAUGCAGGCCAGGUGGGAGUCCUGUUGACAGUCUAAGGUAGGGUCAGCCAAUGCCCAGAGGCUUAAGUCAGAUCAUCACUGCAGGGUGAGGUUUUUAAGGCAGCCUGGGGAAUUCACAAUGUCUUUAGAUUUUUCUAAAGACCAAUUCAAGCAUAUUGAGGUCAAUGAUCUGUAGGCAUAGCUGUCUCCUCAUUUGAUAAGGCAAUUGAAGAAGAAAUAGAAGAGCACACAGAGGGUGGAGAUCAGUUGCCGUGGAGACUGACUGACAAGUGCCCCCUGACCAACCCUUAUACCCCACCCUCAUUCUGUCCGUCUGCCUUUCUGCCUACCCCAGCUCUCCUUACCCCUACUCGUCUUUACAAGGUUGGCACCAAGUUCUGUCUGUGUGACCACAGGACAAUGCCCCAUACCUCAUCCCCCUGUUUAGUUUAGCCUCUCUCAGUCCCCCAUGUUCUUCUCAGUAACACUGAAGGCCUUUCGAAAGAUGAGCAGUUGCUGUGGUGUUGGAGGAGACAGAGAAGAUAGCAGAUACUGCUCUUUAGUUACUGAUCACCGCUUGUCAUCAGACAUGAAUUCUCUUGAUAUGUCUGUGGAGAGACUUAUCUCUCUGUCAGGCAGCCAAUACUGAGACAUGGAUCAUAUUGCCACACACACACACACAGACCGCACAAACACUCACACACACUCAUCCUAAUCUGCAAGGAAAACAAACAGUGACUGCACACAUGCUCAAGGACAUCAGUACCCCUUUUAAUAAGUCAGCGAUUGGAUCUUAUCAGGUACAGCAGCUAUCUCUCUCCCAGAGGUUUGAACAGUGGCGGUAAAGUGCAUAGCUCUGCAGCUCUGGGUUGAUAUGUGGAGGCAGAGCAGCUAUCUCUUUCCCCAUUCUGUGAUUUGUGUGAGGAUGCUGCUGUAGUCAUCUGAUAUAGCUGAUAAAGUGUGAUGGUUUGGGGAAUUUGUUGAACAGGACUCCAGAGCUCCGGCUUUGCUUUGCAAUCCCAUUACAAUCUGUAAAAUAGCCCCAACGUGCAUAUUUUUUCACCCUUUAUGGGCACAGUAGAUAUUUGUAUUUGAUUUAUUCCAUGUCCUCCCACUCGGAAUUGUAUGAUGCAUCUGCAUUUUGUUAUGUCCAAGAGUUAUAUAGUCAAUCUAGUGGUUAAAUGUCCAAUGCAGCCGUUUUUUGUCUCAAUAUCAAAUAAUUUCUGGGUAACAAUUAAGUACCUUACUGUGAUUGUUUUCAAUUAAAGUGGUCAAAAAGAAAUAAAAAUAGAUUCUUAGCAAAGAGCGAUUUCUGAAGAAAGAAUUUUGCAAGAACUGUCUGGGAGUGGUCUGAGGGGGUAGGGAAAAAUGGAAAACUAGCUGUUAUUGGCAGAGAGGUUUGGAACUCUCUUUCUUAUUGGUCUCACCGGGCAGGCCAAACUCCAUCCCACCAAAACAGGCAAACAUUUCAGGCAGUCUUUUCAAACAGCUCUUACACUAAAAGGGUAUUAUCAUCACUUUCAGAAUUUCACAGUAUUGUUCCAACCUCAUAGUGUGGAAAUGUAUAUGAAACACAGAUAAAUCAUGUUUUUGACUGCACUGGGCCUUUGUUUGUCAACAACAUGAUAGUUUUUAAAGCUAACUGCAAUUGUGAAUGUAAUUCCUAUUAAGCUGUCAUGUCCUCAUUUGCAGGCCUUGCUCAAAAUUCAAAACAAGCUGCGAACGCUGGUCCCCAAUUUCACCUUCAACCUCGGCUUCUCUGGAAAGUUCUAUCACACAGGUGAGGGCAUCUCGAAGUGAAAAAACGAAACAUACCCUGUACUAGACAGUGUCACUGUAGAUUCUGAGUAGGAUAGUGUCAUUGAGAAACUCUCAUUUCCUUCCCUCCCCUCUCCUCUCCUCCCUCCCCUCUGCUCCCCCAGGCACAGACGAGGAGGACUGGGGAGAUGACAUGCUGCUAAGACACAGGAAGGAGUUCUGGUGGUUCCCCCACAUGUGGAGUCACAUGCAGCCCCACCUGUUCCACAACGUCAGCGUGCUGGCUGAGCAAAUGAGGCUCAACAUGCUGUUUGCCCAGGUGAGUGGGCGUCCGUGGAUAUCAAGCAUCCUAAUCAUACUAUAGCUCUCUCUGGUAAGAUGACGUGUAUACAGUAUGCUUAUCCUCAGCGCAUUGUGGUUAGGCAUGUAGUUAUGGCCUUGUUGAUCCAAAUGGUGAGUGGUAAUUGGAUUCCUGGAUGCUGGCCGUUGUGGAUUAUUUCUUGUUAGCAAUUACAUUGGCAUUUCAUAUGCACAAUGAAUAAACCACUGAUGUACUUCCUGUUGUACACUAUAUAUAUAUAUAUAAUAUCUACUAUCCAAUAUCCUUGUGCUUCAGCUUGUGUGUUAGAGUCUGGGGACUUGGCCAACUGCCAAAUAAAAGUCAAAUAAGACCCUUCCUUAAUGUGCAGUAACAUGGCUCGCAGACAUUAGUGCUAAAGAUGCCCCAAAUGCUGCCUUGUUGGUGUAGUUGAUGUAGUGAGAAGCAUGCUGCCCCCAAGGCAGCUUUGUGUGUUGAUGUAGUGAGUGGCAUUGGGAGUCAGGGGCCUGGGCCCAGGGAGCAGACGGUGUCAGUGGGUGUGUGUGUGAGGUGAAUACUGACCAGCAGCACUAUCCCCUUUCAGUAAUCCCUGCUGCCAUACAGCUGUCCUUGCUGGCUGACAGUGAUGGACCGUGUCUCUGAGUGGUCAGGGGGGAGAGAGAGGGUAGAGGGUCCUUCAUCACGGCUUAAUGAGCCUCAAUGAGCAAGCUAGCCAACUUCUUUCGCCAAUUGGCUUCAGCCGGCCGGUGUGCGACCGUGGCAAAGUUGGUUUGACUUUGGAUACUCUGUUGGGCUAGUUAGGGACCGUAAAUAAAUGACACAAUGUAAAUGUGACAAUAAUUUAAUGUUGCACAUCUUUUAGUUGUUUCAUUAAAUGCUUUCAAUAUUUGUAUAUGAAUUUCUACAAUUUAUAGUCGUUUUGAGGUUUUUAAGUCAUAAAAAUGUUAAUUUGUUAAUAUUGUCCCAUGUACAUUGUGUAAUUUACUGAUGGUCCCCAACUAGCCCCAAAGGGAUAUUGAAUGUCAAACCAAAUUCUACAGUGUUUGUAUACAUUAACGUUGUGUCAAGCAAGCUUAUAUUCUGGGUUCUGAUGGGGUACAGCAGUUGAACUAAGCUCAUGAGGCAUUUAUAAGUUACAGUUGAAGUCGGAAGUUUACAUACACCUUAGCCAAAUGCAUUUAAACUCCGUUUUUCAAAAUUCCUGACAUUUAAUCCUAGUAAAAAUUCCCUGUUUUAGGUCAGCUAGGAUCACCACUUUAUUUUAAGAAUGUGAAAUGUCAGAAUAAUAGUAGAGAGAAUGAUUUAUUUAAGCUUUUAUUUCUUUCAUCACAUUCCCAGUGGGUCAGAAGUUUACAUACACAUUUACAUUUAAAUUUUAGUCAUUUAGCAGACGCCCUUAUCCAGAGCGACUUACAGUUAGUGAAUACAUCUUUUUUUUAUACUGGCCCCCCGUGGGAAUCAAACCCACAACCCUGGCGUUGCAAACGCCAUGCUCUAUCAACUGAGCUACAUCCCUGCCGGCCAUUCCCUCCCCUACCCUGGACGAAGCUGGGCCAAUUGUGCGCCACCCAUGAGUCUCCCGGUCGCGGCCGGCUGCGACAGAGCCUGGAUUCGAACCAGGAUCUCUAGUGGCACAGUUAACACUGCGAUGCAGUGCCUUAGACCACUGCGCCACUCAGGAGACAUACACUCAAUUAGUAUUUGGUAGCAUUGCCUUUAAAUUGAUUAACUUGGGUCAAAUGUUUCAGGUAGCCUUCCACAAGCUUCCCACAAUAAGUUGGGUGAAUUUUGGCCCAUUCCUCCUGACAGAGCUGGUGUAACUGAGUCAGGUUUGUAGGCCUCCUUGCUCGCACAUGCUUUUUCAGUUCUGCCCACAUAUUUUCUAUAGGAUUGAGGUCAGGGCUUUGUUAUGGCCACUCCAAUACCUUGACUUUGUUGUCCUAAACACAUUUUGCCACAACUUUGGAAGUAUGCUUGGGGUCAUUGUCCAUUUGGAAGACCAAUUUGGGACCAAGCUAUAACUUCCUGACUGAUGUCUUGAGAUGUUGCUUCAAUAUAUCCACAUAAUUUUCCUUCCUCAUGAUGCCAUCUAUUUUGUGAAGUGCACCAGUCCCUCCUGCAGCAAAGCACCCCCACAGCAUGAUGCUGCCACCCCCGUGCUUCACGGUUGGGAUGGUGUUCUUCAGCUUGCAAGAUACCCCCUUUUUCCUCCAAACAUAACAAUGGUCAUUAUGGCCAAACAGUUAUAUUUUUGUUUCAUCAGACCAGAGGACAUUUCUCAAAAAAGUACGAUCUUUGUCACCAUGUGCAAACCGUAGUCUGGCUUUUAUAUGGCGGUUUUGGAGUAGUGGCUUCUUCCUUGCUGAGCGGCAUUUCAGGUUAUGUCGAUAUAGGACUCGUUUUACUGUGGAUAUAGAUAGUUUUAUACCAGUUUCCUCCAGCAUCUUCACAAGGUCCUUUGCUGUUGUUCUGGGAUUGAGUUCAUCUCUAGGAGACAGAACGCGUCUCCUUCCUGAGCGGUAUGACGGCUGCGUGGUCCCAUGGUGUUUAUACUUGCGUACUAUUGUUUGUACAGAUGAACGUGGUACCUUCAGGCGCUUGGAAAUUGCUCCCAAGGAUGAACCUGACAUUUGAGGUCUUGGCUGAUUUCUUUUGAUUUUCCCAUGAUGUCAAGCAAAGACGCACUGAGUUUGAAGGUAGUCCUUGAAAUACAUCCACAGGUCCACCUCCAAUUGACUCAAAUUAGCCUAUCAGAAGCUUCUAAAGCCAUGACAUCAUUUUCUGGAAUUUUCCAAGCUGUUUAAAGGCACAGUCAACUUAGUGUAUGUAAACUUCUGACCCACUGGAAUUGUGAUACAGUGAAUUAUAAGUGAAAUAAUCUGUCUGUAAACAAUUGUUGGAAAAAUUACGUGUCAUGCACAAAGUAGAUGUCCUAACCGACUUGCCAAAACUAUAGUUUGUUAACAAGAAAUUUGUGGAGUGGUUGAAAAACAAGUUUUAAUGACUCCAACCAAAGUGUAUGUAAACUUCCAACUUCAACUGUAUAUUCUUCAAGAAUCAAUGGGUAUCAUUGAUCAAUUUAUAAGUAAAAUAUUUAUGUAGCAACUGUGGAUUCUAGCUUUAAGCAUUCCCAGCACUCUGCCAGCGAGGGGCACAGUGCCACGGUACCACACUAUACAUUCAGUUUGAUGCAUUCGUGUUAGUCUAUAAAGCUCUCCAACCUUGUUCCGGGAGAUCUAUCCUCCUGUAGGUUUUUGCUCCAACCCCAGUUGUAUAUAACCUGAUUCAUCUUAUCAACCAGCUAAUUAUUAGAAUCAGGUGUGCUAGAUUAGGGUUGGAAUGAAAACCUACAGGACGGUAGCUCUCCAGGAACACGGUUGGAGAGCCCUGCUCUAAAGGAUUUAAGCUCCUGCUGAGCUUCCUGACUGUUGCCUUUUUUACAGUGUAGAGUGAUGUGUAGACCGAGCAGGGCUAUGUUGCCCUCCAGUGGAGAAGUUGCACAUAAUUCUUUCUGCUGCGUGUUUUUGUUUUGAAGCAGACGGUGACUCAUUCAUGGUUCAUUAAAAUGGCAAUUUCAUCACGUUUGUUAUUGCAAUUUGUUCUGGGUGUCCUUUCCUGUCCCUGAUACUUCUGACAUCCAUCUUUCUCUCUAUCUAUCCCCACCACCCCAACCCCCUCUUCCCCUCCAGGAGCAUGGGAUUCCUACAGACAUGGGCUAUGCUGUGGCCCCCCACCACUCGGGGGUCUACCCCGUCCACAGCCAGCUGUACGAGGCCUGGAAGUCAGUGUGGGGCAUCAAGGUGACCAGCACAGAGGAGUAUCCCCACCUCAGACCAGCCCGCUACCGCAGGGGAUUCAUCCACAGUGGCAUCCAGGUCAGUCUACUGUCAGUCAUGGCAGUCAAUCAGUUUAUUAAAGGAGAAGUUUACCUAAAAUUCCAAAUUCCCCAAGUGAUUCCAUACCUUGAAACUACUUUGGUUGAGUUUUCCUUCUCCCUCUCUCUCCCUGUGGUCUAGAACUGGAAAGCUACAAAAGCGUGUCACGUGACUCGUGACGUAUCUUUGUGCACUGCUAGCUCUGCUAUGUUGUUAGUCAACAAGUGAUUGAGAAAAUUAUUUGUUUUAUUGAAGGUAUAUGGCCGAAUUAGCUAUUUUUAUCAAAAGUACCAUUGGUUUUGAGUCAGGAAAUGUGUACUUUUCCACCUAAAAUGAUUGAGAUUAUUUUAAAUAAUUAUUUUAUGUGGCCGACAGCAACAACAGCGGAGAUGGGCAACAACUGCAUGUGCGCUCUCGUGGGGCAAACUCUGUGACAUACAGUACCAGUCAAAAGUUUGGACACACCUACUCAUUCAAGGGUUUUUCUUUAUUUGUACUAUUUUCAACAAUGUAAAAUAAUAGUGAAGACAUCAAAACUAUGAAAUAACACAUAUGGAAUCAUGUAGUAACCAAAAAAGUGUUAAACAAAUCAAAAUAUAUUUUAUAUUUUUGAUUCUUCAAAGUAGCCACCCUUUGCCUUGAUGACAGCUUUGCACACUCUUGGCAUUCUCUCAACCAGCUUCAUGAGGAAUGCUUUUCCAACAAUCUUGAAGGAGUUCCCACAUAUGCUGAGCACUUGUUGGCUGCUUUUCCUUCAUUCUGCGGUCCAACUCAUCCCAAACCAUCUCAAUUGGGUUGAGGUCGGGGGAUUGUGGAGGCCAGGUCAUCUGAUGCAGCACUCCAUCACUCUCCUUCUUGGUCAAAUAGCCCUUACGCAGCCUGGAGGUGUGUUUUGGGUCAUUGUCCUGUUGAAAAACAAAUGAUAGUCCCACUAAGCGCAAACCAGAUGGGAGGGCGUAUCGCUGCAGAAUGCUGUGGUAGCCAUGCUGGUUAAGUGUGCCUUGAAUUCUAAAUAAAUCACUGACACUGUCACCAGCAAAGCACCAUCACACCACCUCCUCCAUGCUUCAUAGUGGGAACCACACAUGCGAAGAUCAUCCGUUCACCUACUCUGCAUCUCACAAAGACACAGCGGUUGGAACCAAAAAUGUCAAAUUUGGACUCAUCAGACCAAAGGACAGAUUUUUACCGGUCUAGUGUCAUGAAGGCCUGAUUCACGCAGUCUCCUCUGAACAGUUGAUGUUGAGAUGUCUGUUACUUGAACUCUGUGAAGCAUUUAUUUGGGCUGCAAUCUGAGGUGCAGUUAACUCUAAUGAACUUAUCCUCUGCAGCAGAGGUAACUCUGGGUCUUCCUUUCCUGAGGCUGUCCUCAUGAGAACCAGUUUCAUCAUAGCGCUUGAUGGUUUUUGCGACUUCACUUGAAAAAAACGUUCACAGUUCUUGAAAUUUUCCGGAUUGACAGACCUUCAUGUCUUAAAGUAAUGAUGGACUGUAAUUUCCCUUUGCUUAUUUGAGCUGUUCUUGCCAUAAUAUGGACUUGGUAUUUUACCAAAUAGGGCUAUCUUCUGUAUACCUCCCCUACCUUGUCACAACACAAAUGAUUGGCUCAAACGCAUUAAGAAGGAAAGAAAUUCCACAAAUUAACUUUUAAGAAGGCACACCUGUUAAUUGAAAUGCAUUCCAGGUGACUACCUCACGAAGAUGGUUGAGAGAAUGCCAAGAGUGUGCAAAGCUGUCAUCAAGGCCAAGGGUGGCUACUUUGAAGAAUCUCAAAUAUAAAAUAUAUUUGGAUUUGUUUAACACUUUUUUGGUUACAUGAUUCCAUGUGUUAUUUCAUAGUUUUGCUGUCUUAACUAUUAUUCUACAAUGUAGAAAAUAGUAAAAAAUAAAGAAAAACCCUGAAAUGAGUAGGUGUGUCCAAACUUUUGACUGGUACUGUAUAUGCCCUUAUUUGGGGCUUGACGUCGUAGAUGCGAGUUUUAUGCGGGGGCAAAGGAGCUGGCGCAAAAGUUGGAAGACUUAUCAAAGGAACCUUAAAGUUAGCAAUGAAUAAUGGAAAUCUGAAGAGAUGGCAGCAAGAGCAAGCUGGUGUUCGGUCCCUGGCUGCACUUUAUAUAGGAAAUCUGGGAAGAAGGCAGAUGUCACUGUUUUCCGUUGAAAGAUACAGAGAGAUGCAGAAGAAGUAGCAUUAAAAAAACAGUAAACAUUCCUACAGCCAAUCUUGCAAACCUACGUGUGUGUAGUAAGCACUUCGUCGACGAUGACUACGAAUGAGAUAUACAAUCGGAAAUGAUGGGAACAAAACACUGAAGAAAACUCAGACACAGCUGUUCCUUCUGUAUUCCCAUGGACUGGAUCUGGCGCCGUGCCAAAAUACAGAGGCGCGUUUCAGAAGAGAAAGCGUCAAAGCGAGCAUGUGGAGGUAUGUAGCCUAAUCAUUGCAGUUAGAGUUGAUCUUAUUGUGUUGUAACUAUUGCACCAUAUCAUGUAGAAAUAGCCUAGGCACUCUACCGGUUAGCAUAUGUGCCCUGUCUUUAUGACAUGGGGUUGAGGAGAUAAGACAGUAAUUGUGUCAUCUUACAUUGCAGAAUAGACAGAAUAAAAAUGAAAGGUGUUGUUGCAUUUUAAUUACUUAGAAUCAGGUCUACUCACUUUUUUAAAUAAUCAUAAUCUACAGUGUCUGAUGUGUUGGCUAUUCAUGGUUUAUCUGCAUGACAACAUUUCAUGCUUUUAACAACGGUAUAGCCUUGUGUGAAAUACAUGGGGUAGGUCUAUUUGGUUGCAUAUAGUGCGGUCUAUUGUGUAUUUGUAACCCUCACCUCCCCCUGUCGAUAGUGGCCAUGUGAAUCCUAACAAUACAUUUACAUUUAGACCCAUGGGCAUAGAAAAAUGCAUUACAGAUUAUAAACAUGGUAUCACGUUACACUUGUGUAUUAGGAUCUAAGUUUUUCUUUGUCAAUACACAUAACAAUAAUAAUUUUACAUAUAACCCAUACUAUAUCAACUAUCAAUACCUUUCACGUUUAAAAUUGUAUGUAUCAUGAACUCCCAUUGUGUCACAUAACUGUGAGGUCAAUUUCCCGAUCUCACUCGCAGGUUCAGGCCUCAAUAGAUUGGUCUUCAAAGGACCAAGAAGCAGCAAGCUCCUCUGGCACCCAUGUGAGUUGAUGUUGCCUACUGAAUAUUUUCACACCUUUUGCCAAUGUCUGAUGUAUUGGCUAGCCAUGGCUUAUUUGCAUGACAACAUUUCAGGCAACUGUAUAGCCUUUUGUGGAAUUUUCUCAAUUUUUAAUUUAACCUUUAUUUAACCAGGUAGGCCAGUUAAGAACAAGUUCUCAUUUACAACUGUGACCUGGCCAAGAUAAAGCAAAGCAGUGCGAUAAAAACAACAACAACACAGAGUUACAAGGAAUACCUUGCUCCAGGAACCACCUGGGGUAUAGGAUUACCCAUAGUGUGGUUUAUUACUUAUUUGUAACCCCCACUGUCGAUAGGGGUCAUGAGUAUCCUAACAACAUAAUUACUUUUAGCAUUAUGGCCAUAACAAAAAAGUUUUACAGGUUAGUAAACAUGGUAUCAGUUGACUUGGAAGUUUUUCUUUGUCAAUACAGAUAACAAUAAUCAUUUGGCACACAGUGCAUUAGGAAAGUAUUCAGAUCCCUUGACUUUUCCACAUUUUGUUACGUUACAGCCUUAUUCUAAAAUGGAUUAAAUUGUUUUUUUCCCCUCAUCAAUCUACACACAAGACCCCAUAAUGACAAAGCAAAAACAGGUUUUUAGACAUUUUUGCAAAUGUAUUAAAAAUAAAUACGGAAAUAUCACAUUCACAUAAGUAUUCAGACCCUUUACUCAGUACUUUGUUAAAGCACCUUUGGCAGCGAUUACAGCCUUGAGUCUUCUUGGGUAUGACGCUACAAGCUUGGCACACCUGUAUUUGGCAAACAUUUAUAGAGAACUGUUUUCGCUUCGUCAUUAUGGGGUAUUUUGUGUAGAUUGAUGAGGAAAAAAUGUAAUGUAAUCAAUUUUAGAUUAAGGCUGUAACGUAUCAAAAUGUGGUGAAAGGGAAGGGGUCUGAAUACUUUCCGAAUGCACUGUAUAACAAUGAAAAUGUGGGCAGCGAACAACUGCCACAAGUACUUGAAGAACUUAAAUGAAUGCAUAAACCCAAUUGACUUUAAAUAUGUAUUUUUAUUAUAAAAUGUAUCACGCAUGUAAUAUAAAGUUAUGCUAGGGGAGUUUAGUGGGAACAAACAAUGCUUGAAUGUUUUGUAUUACAUUUUUUGUGACUAAAAAUAUAUUAUAAAAACAACAAUACUUGCUUUGUUGGUCCAUUUUCAUAGAUAUUCUUUAUUUUUGCAGUCACAGUACCUAACCUGACACAAAACACACAUCACAGGCUGGGAGCAUCACAUACCUGUAACUUUGACUAUUCACAAGUCCUGGGAGUCUUUCACUUCCUGAAAGCCAGUGUAGACCCCAUAAGGCGAUGGAUAUUUAACUCAGAUGGCAUUUACCACACAGGAUAGGAGAGGAAUCCGGACUCCUGGACCCAGUGUCUCACCGCGGAGGACCCACUCCAAAACAAUGCGGUAUGGGACCAGUCUGAACUGUAUCGAAUUACAAUUAUAG